AUGGCAGGAAAUGAUGUCCUAACCGGAUCCGCGCCAGCCAUACUGAAGCCUUACACCAUCAACCAUCAACUCCGGCCUGGUUCUGCACUCAUUGUAUCCGCCAAAGAAUAUGUUUUCCCGCAAAGCAAGCUCGAGCAACCAUGCGAUGUGAUACGCGAGCCAGUGACACCAGACGAUCUUGUUUGGGACGACGAAGUCGAUCCAGACAAUCCACGGAAUUGGCCACAAUGGCAAAGGAUAUACUGCACAGCAAUUCCAGCACUUCAGCUAUUAAUCAUUACGAUGGCAUUAUCGUCCUAUGUACCGGCUACUCCAGGCAUUCAAGAGCACUUCGGUACUACCUAUCAGGUCACAACAUUGGGGGUAUCUUUAUACCUACUAGGCUUAGGCAUCGGGCCAUUGCCCAUCGCUCCGUUGUCGGAGAUGUUCGGCCGACGACCUUUCUACUGCUAUGGGAUACCACUGUUACUGCUUUUUACCAUCGGAUCGGCGUCUGCCAAGAAUAUUGGUGUCCUGCUUGUCUGUCGUAUCCUUGGUGCGUUACUGGGAUCCGGGGCAUUGUCUGUUAUUGGAGGUACAGUGCUAGACAUUUGGGACAUCAAGAAGGGCGGUGAGUCCACGACCCACGUGUCAUUACACUCGAGCUCAAUCUCACUGGUAGAAUUAGGUGCCCUCGCAGCCUGCAUUGCGACAUUGACACCGCUUACCGGGCCGGUCAUAGGCCCUGUCGCUGCUACUUACAUCAUAUCCGACCGUCAUAAUGACUGGCGCUAUGGCCUCUGGGUAAACGUUUUCGUCGGCACCCCCAUCUUCAUCCUUACCUUCCUCUUAAGGGAAACGUACGGACCACAGAUCCUGAUGAAGCGUGCUAAACGCCGAGGCAUCGCACUCCAAGACACAAGGCCGCGCAAAGAAGCUGCCAUGCACAUCCUCCACAUCGCAUUCACCCGGCCAGUCCACAUGCUACUCACUGAACCACUUGUCCUCCUCCCUGCCUUCUACGGCGGCUUCACCUACCUCCUCCUCAUCAGUUUCCUGGGCAGCUAUCCCUACGUCUUCGAAGCCAUUUUUCAUUUUCAACCCAAAGCCGUCUCUCUGGCCUUCCUCGGCAUUUUGGUGGGUCUCUUAUUGGGCAUCAUCGGCUACAUAGCGUGUGCCAUCACGGUGAAGAAGCGCGCGCUCGCCGGUGACCCUACCGCUGAGGUUCCAGAAGCUCAGUUGAGGCCUGCCCUGAUUGGCAGCGUCCUGUUGCCGACAAGUUUGUUUUGGUGA